AGCCGUUGUUACUCACUGAUCACAGACUCGUGACGACUAGACUAGCAAAAUGUGGGACUUCAUAGUAACGAUCUCUAGCUGUUUGUGUUUUUGUAAGACCAACAACAAGGUGUCACCCGGAGGGGGUGGAGAUCCGGAGGAUGAAACAGCGCCGGGAGAGGAGGAGAUGGACCGCGGGACCACCGAACGUUCCGUGGUGACCGUACAGCCUCCAAUGUCCCAGCCAAGACCGAGCAAGUCGUCGGCUGACGUCCUUGCCGAGUUGCGAGAAGACGGCCUGUUGCCCCUCAACACCCGGGGCGAGUCCGUCGCUUUCCAGGUGCCGCUAGGCAAGCCCGCCUCCGAGCCCGACGCGCCCCCUCGCCGUCCUGUAAAGCUGGAAAAACUGGAGGAAACUCUCCAGGAGAGGCGCGAACGGGUCAAGAAGGAGCCCGCGGGAUCACGCACUCAACUGAGACAGAAACUCAGCAACGCCGCCAACAGACGUGACGAGAUGUUGGCCGAUAGAUCACGAAAACUUGCAGAGAAAUCGAGGAGAGCGAAAACCAAGGCUAGAGAAGCCGCCAACAACCGCAAGAGCACUGCCUUUGUUAUCUCCUCUGUCAGCGACACGGACGCCAUCGUUCCCCGAGACUCGGAGAAGGCGCAGGCUUUGGAGAAACGUCUGAACAAGAGGAGGCAACGCGUGGCGAAAAGGACCACCGCGGAAGACCUGAAGAAACAACAGGAGUUAGCAGCUGAACGCAGGAAGGACAAAAGGAACGAGAUCGCACGGAAGUCCAAGGAGUUGGGGAUGUCCAGCUGGGACCGCGCUCUCGACUUCUAA